UCGGAUUAAAAUGAUUAAUAUAACAUCGCUAUGUGCUAGCUAAAAUAUAAUUUUACAUACUAAUAUCGCAAAUAACAAUUUGCACGUCAAAUGAAUUUCUUGCGAGAACGUAUGUUAAAAAUCACGAAUCGUUUUGACGGAAGAUUUCAUUGAAACGUCUAUCCGUCACGAUGCCAGGUAAAAUAAAAGUGAAGAUACUGGCAGGACGAAAUUUGCCAGUGAUGGAUCGUUCAGGUGAUACGACGGAUGCAUAUGUCGAAUUGAAAUUUGGCAAUAUCACGUUUAAAACAGAUGUAUGCAGAAAAUCGCUUAAUCCUCAGUGGAAUUCAGAAUGGUACAGAUUUGAAGUUGAUGAUUCUGAACUGCAGGAUGAGCCACUGCAGAUCAGAUUAAUGGACCAUGAUACAUAUUCUGCAAAUGAUGCAAUAGGCAAAGUUUAUAUCAAUUUGAAUCCAUUAUUGUUACCUGGUGUUCCUCCUACUGUUAAAAAUAUCUGGACAUUAGAGGCUGCUAUGAAUACCAAUGCUGGUUCUCAGAGUGGUUCUGUGAUGACUGGGUGGAUACCAGUGUACGAUACAAUGCAUGGUAUUCGUGGUGAAGUGAACAUUAUAGUUAAAGUAGAAUUGUUUUCUGAUUUUAAUAAAUUCAGACAAUCCUCAUGUGGAGUACAAUUUUUUUAUUCACCAAAUAUACCUCAUGGAUAUCAUACUCAGAGCAUACAUGGUUUUGUAGAAGAGUUAGUUGUUAGUGAUGAUCCUGAGUACAAGUGGAUUGAUAAAAUAAGAACACCCAGAGCCUCAAAUGAGGCAAGACAAACAUUAUUUUUUAAAUUGAGUGGGGAAGUUCAAAGGAAAAUUGGACUAAAGGCUUUGGACCUAGGUGGAAAUGCUGUUAUUGGGUAUUUACAAAACUUUGAUCUGGAAGGUGAAUCUGGCAUUGUAGCUAGAGGUAUAGGUACAGCUGUUACUCUUGUGAAACUACAAGAUACUUUAAAUUUUUCUUCUGACAAUAUAGAAGAAACAACCGAGUCGUUUCGUUCGAGGGGUAGUAGUUUCAUCACCAAAAGAUCUACAGUCAAUCAGAGAUCUCACGAGAUCGCUGCCAGGGAAUUAACUCUAAUAGACACGCAGAGCAGCGACUCCUUGAAAAAUAAUAAUAGUAGCGUGAUAGAAAUGAAGCGACUAAAGCGAAAAGACACUAACCAAUCACCGCCACCUGUAGAUCAUGCGGUACAUGAGAGUCAUAGCAUUUGUAAUAUAAGAGAAAUGUCAGAUCAUGAUGAAUUAACUAAUAUUACUAACACUGCUAAUAUGACUGACAACACGUGUGUGUCCCGUCCUUCCCCCGAUCAUAGGCAACAAGACGAGGCAUCUCUAAGUCCAUCUUAUCCACUUCCGGCUGUACCUCCUAUGGUCUCAAAAGUAUGUCAGUUACCAACAACUAAGGCACAACCGACUGUAUCGCUGCAUCGAAGAUCCAGUGAUUCGGAUUUGAGUGUUACGCCAAAAGGUAAUUCACUAGGGGCAAAUGAUAAAUCAGUGACUGGUUUAUUGAAAACUUCCACUGCUGUGAUAAGAACCAUGAAUCAGGAUGCAUUUGAGAUGCUAGAAUACCCAUUUAUUACAAUGCAACAGUAUCCUCCAGGAUUUAUUCUACAUAUCGGUGGCCUUGUAAGCUCAAGAUCAGUCAAACUCUUAGAAAGAAUAAGUAAUUUAGAAGAGCCUGAAAGUCGUGAUGCUUGGUGGAAAGAAGUUAGGAUGGAAGUUAGAUCUCAUGCCAGGGCAUUAGCCUGUAAUGUAGUUAUUGGUUAUAGGGAAGAAACUAGUAUUUGUGAUGAUGUCUGCGUAUUAAAUGCAUAUGGUACAGCAGCAGUAAUCAAUCUCCACAGCUCAAAUCAAGACCCAGAUAAUGUUUUUAUCAGCAAAGGACAAUCAGGAUCCGGCACAAAUCCCACGGAUACAGAACGCGAUAAAGCUCAACAAAAAUCAGUGCCCAUAAAAAUGGAGAAAAGCGAUACCGACACAUCGGUGCCCACUUUGGCUCAAAGUGGUAAAGUGAGGCAUACGUCAGAGAGCAGAGAUCACGAGGUUCUAUUUCAAAGCAAAUGCGGUCUCUGUCACCUGCCAUACAACGAAGCGAGUGUUCCAUUUCGCGUGAACGUUUCAAAAUGCGCCAUAUGCAAACGAGCUAGGGUACCAGACGUAAUGUUCACCACUACAGAAUUACCGGAGAAUCUUUUAACCACUGGACGAGGAUGCAUCAUUCAAGCAACUGCCUGUAAAGCAAAGAAAGAUCUCAGAGGAGAAUUGAAUGCCAAGGAGAUAUCAGAUUGCUUGCCAUUUUUAGAAUACGAAUUACACAGUCUACUAUUAAAUAAAUUGAAAGUUAAGGGAAUGAAUGCGAUAUUUGGUUUGAAGUUGCAGGUCUCUGUUGGAGAGAGAUUAAUUAUUGGCAUGGCUGUGGGUACUGCUGUUUUUUUGGCUGCAUUACCUACACCCUCCAUUCCACAAAUUGCCUCUGGAAAUUCUUGGCACAAAGAGGAACAGUUAGCGGAAAUUCAGAAGACUUUGGUAGAGACUGUGAAACAGAAUAGAGAAUUUUAUCGACUUAAGCCUGUUGUAGAUGUUGAAAAUGGACGAGUUACAACUUCAGAUACAGAUGAAUCAGAUGAUGAGCUACCUGAUUUAGAUUUUAGUGUAGGUCCAAGGGAUACUUGCGUGUUAGAGGUAGAUGAUAUUGAGGAUAUGGAUAGAAUAUCGUUAUUGAUGGAUGAUAGACCUCCAGAUGAUUUUCAUGUGGUGAAUACUCAAACAAUUCCCGGCUUGGACGAUUUGGAAAUCGUGAGAAAUUUACAGAUGUUCACUCAAAUUUCAAGGACGAAAAUACCUGCUGGACAAUUUGCUUCUAUGCCAUCGAAAUACUUUGCUAGGUUACUGCAGUCUGUAUAUUUUAAAUUAAGAAGAAUGAUCCCUUGUGCAUUAUGUGAUAUGCAAUUUAAAUUGGCGCUCCCUGAGCCAGACGAAAUACAAUUCACAGUAAUUGGUAUGGCACUUGGAUUGGGAGACCCUGUAAAAAUUAAUAAAUUCAAAAAGAAAUUGAUGAGCCAUUCCAUGAGCAAAGAUCAAGUUAAAAAAUCAGAUGACAGUGAUAUGAUAUUUAAUCUUGACGUGGAUCAUACUGAGAUUUCAACGGAUAAUGCAUCCAAUAGUAAUUUGAAUUCCGUUACUUUAAUUUAUGCACCGUCGUUAAAAUCCCGAACUCGUUCACCAUUACGAACUAAAGUUCAUACAACACAUAGACAUAAACACGUGCCUUUAAAGGGAAGAUACGGUGUGGACAUAACACCUCUCUCCUAUCUACCCGGUGGUCGUAUAGAGAGGUAUCUAGGAAACUUAAAUUUUUUCUUCAUUCGAGAAAGCACAUCUAUCAGAGAGAAUGGUGGUUUAAGCGGAUUCACACAUAGUUUCGUGAUGGAAGUUUUAGCAAUUGUUCGCGCACACAUUACAGCCUUGGGAGGCAAUGCAAUGGUUGCAUUUUUCAUGACUAAAUGUGUUCUUCUUCAUAGUCCUCAUAAAAACCAAGGCCAGUGUUUGAUAAAUGUCGGUGGAGAUGUGGUGUCCGUGUCGUAUUUCGCGGAUGAGAAACACUGUGGAGUCACAAACUGCUGACCCCAACCUCCACAUUCUGCACCACCAUAGCUACAACUGCACUCCGAGAAGCAACGUCGAAAGUUCGACUUCUCGUUAAUUAACGAGCGCCAUUAGUCAUUUUCGAAUGUAUCUCGUUACCUUGUGAUAGAAUAGGGCUUGUAAAUAUUCGAAUCUCUAGCGUAUAAGACACCGUAACUACAAAUAAGUUAUGAGAUUUCGAUUGUUUGUAGAUAAGUUCGCGGAACAUUGUAAUUUUAGUCAAGCCUUCUCUAAUGGUACAAUAAAUUGUGUUACAUGA